CGACAAAAGACCCUUGGCACGAUGCAGGCGACGACGUUUGCCACGCCAGCCGCAGCAGCGGGUUCGGUUGGUUCGUCUGGUGGCCCAGUUCCCGCGGCGUUCAUCUCACCGCCUCCCGCUGCGGCCACGACGUCUGCCUACCCCUUGAACCCCUUCACACAACAGACUGCGUAGGUCGCUGUGACCGGCAGAGAGGCCGUCUUGUCUCGUGACGGUGGAAUGGAUCAUGGUUUUUGUUUGUCUGCGAAUGACUGACUGUGCAUGUUUGUGUGUGACGGUGUCUCCCUCUCUCCGUAUCGUAUCGUAUCGUAUCCUAUCGUAUCGGUGUGUUGUGUUGCGUUGUGUUGUGUUGUGUGUGCAGGAGUGAUCCUUUCGCCCAGCAGCUGCCUGGAUGGGCCGCGGCCAACCACGAGAUCAUGCAACUCACAGAUCUGGUAUUGGAGAACAAUCAAAUCGCCGUCUCUCUCCAUUCUCUCUCUCUGUUCCUCUCUUUCCGCCUCUUUGUGUCGUCGUUCUCGUGCAGUAUCAGCAGCAGUUGGCGGAGCUCAAUGCCGCACACAGCCUCCUGCUCGUGAGCUCCCAAGGACACUGAAAUGCACGUACCUAAUUCUCUGUUUGUAAUGCUUUUGUCUGUCUGUUUGUCUGUUUGUCUCGUUCUUUCUUGUGAGUGCAGGAGGACCAGGAGAGAUUGGCUGCCCUGCUGGCGCCCUACCUGUCGGAGGACGGUAAGGUGCUCGCACCACCGGAUGAGAACGUCAUGCUGCUCAAACAGGUAGGUAGGUACACAGAGAAGCUUAUGCGUGCUGGGUUGGUUGGUGGGCUGAUUUGAUUGAUGUGGUGCACUGCAUGUCAUGUGUCUCACCUCACCUCCUGCUGUGGACCGACAGGGGCUGGAUCUCCGUCUGAUCGAGUUUGAGGAGGACUGCCGGCGCAUACAGCAGACAGAGCGCCGGCUGCAGCGCAAGAUCGAGGACUGCACCGUCAACUAUGAAGCCAACCUGUUCGAGGCCCAGGGUGGGUGAGAAGACCCCGUAUGUGCACCCAUUUCCUCAUGUGUCUCGGUUGAUUCUCCCUUUGUAUGUCUGUGUGUGUUUCGGCCGGUCAGAGUACGCCGAGAGCCGCCUCCUGGAGCAAGUGCGCGACCAGCAGCGCAUCAUACAGUGGGCAUCGGAGAGAGACAUACAUGACAUGAGAGGGAGACAAGUGUCUUUGCACAUGUGUGUACGCCAUGGAUGGGUUAUAUGUCCUUAUGUGUGUGUGUGUGCAGGUUGCAGCAGCGUGAGCUUGAUGAGCUGCGGUUUCAGCGCGACCUCUACGCCGACGAGACCAAACGACUCAGACACAUAUGCAGAUACGGCAACUGGACGCUUGACGGUACGUCAGUCAGGCACACAAUCACAUCGAGCCGUGCAUUCGGUUGUGCGUGUAUCUGUGACGUUAGGUUAUGGUGCGGGUGAGGGUGAGCCUCUGCCUUCACCCAGGACACUCCACAAGGCACUCGCAAAACAGAAAGCAGAGUCAUCUGCCGACACAGAUACACACGACACGAUGCCAUUGCUUCGGACAGAUAAGUUCCUUUGUGACUUGUGUACACAGUGGGUGGAUGCGCGAGAUCCGCCACGAGAAGCGGAGAGCUGAUGGCGGCGGUGGCUACUUCGACACCGACGACAACAAUGCCCCCUCAUUACCCGCCGAAGCCAGCGGCUCCGACAGAGAACGACAGUGACACCACCAGCACCACAGCACGAAACAACCAACAACUCAUUCUCUCUCUCUGUCUGUGUGUGUCAGCCCGCGAGCCCCCCCACUGAAGGUGACGCCCCCAGAGGGUGCAGGAAAAGAGAAAGUCGUGUCGCCCGUGGCGGCCAAGGCCGGCAGGGAGAGGGAGAAGGAAAAGAAGGCCAAGCCGAAACUGAACCUCAAGGCGGCAGGUGAAUGGGUGGAGGAGGAGGAGGAGGUGAUGUUGUGGCCGGCUGAUAGGGUGUCCUAUGUGUGUUUGUUGUGUGUCUCUCUGCCAGCUGCUAAGGCGGGGACUUCGUCGUUUGCGAGCAUGUUCAGCUUUGGCUCUCAGGCGUGAUCAUAAAUUGACAGAUGGAUGUGGACAUGUGCAUUAGGAAGGAGACAUGAGAGUUCGCAUCUUUGUUAAGACAAAAGGCCGUGUCCGUCUUGUGACCUGUGAGACUCUCAACGCAACUCAAGC